AUGCGGAGGUUCUUUCGGUUCUUUCAACUGCUAGUUGCCACUGUGACCUGCAUCAUCCUGUUGAAUGGCCUUGCAAGGUGGACGUGGGAGGUGAUAUCCAUCAUACACUUGUACAGAUCACCAGUGCUGCACGAACUACGAGAGACUACAGACACCAUUGAACACAUCCACAACUCCUCGCACCUCAUGGUGUCUGCUUUUAAGGACCAUCGUAGAGACGGGGCCAUACGGGUGAUUAGCAUCCUCAGAAGAUCGGAGCUCAAGAACCUGUACUGUGUACUCUGCGUUCUUCCAAGGACUGAGAGGGAUGAGGCUAGCCAGUGUGUGUCUUCAGAGGCAGUAGUUGAAAUGCACAGCGAUCACUUUGGCUUUCCUUACGGGACUUCAGACAUAUUGUGCAACAGUCCAUCAUCCAUUGAGCCCAGACAUGUAGCCAUAUCAAUGGGUCCAAUCAAUGUCCAGAAUUUAAAAUAUUUACCCAUUCAAAACCAGAAGACCAAGGAUCCAUUUAAGUACAGUUUCACUGUGUGCAUAUCCAGCCUCUUUGGUGAGUACAACAAUGCCCUCCAGUUUGUGCAGACCAUGGAGGUCUACAAGCUGAUUGGUAUUCAGCGAGUGGUCAUCUACAACACCAGCUGUGGGCCAGAUGUGGAGAAGCUACUCAAGCAUUACAGCAAGGAGGGCAUGGUUGAGGUUGUUCCUUGGCCAAUAGACAAAUACCUGAAGCCUUCACAUGGAUGGCAGCCAGAGGAGUCACCGGGGGACCUGCAUUAUUAUGGACAGCUCACCACGCUGAACGAAUGCAUUUACAGACACAUGUAUCAAUCACAAUACCUUCUCAUGAAUGACCUUGAUGAGAUUAUUAUGCCUUACAAACAUGCCAGCCUUGGGGACUUAAUGGACACCCUACAGAAACAGCAUCCUGAUGCUGGGGUGUUCAUAGUAGAGAAUCCCAUUUUUCCCAAAACCCAGUUUGACGACAGUGGUCGCUUUAGCAGGCGUGAGUGGAGAAAUGUGCCUGGUAUAAAUAUCCUGGAGCACAUUUAUCGUGAGCCUGACCAUAGAGUAGAUAGGCCCACUAAAAUGAUUAUCAAUCCCCGCUAUGUGGAGCAGACAUCCGUACAUGAAGUCUUAAAGCAUUUUGGACCCUCCAUCAACGUCCAGUUUGAUGUCUGCCACACAAUCCACGUCAGGGUCCCUCUGAAUGGGAGCCUACACAAAAACCAACUGCAUGAGGACAAGAAGCUUUGGGAGUUUGAGAAGAAGUUGAUUCCCAAAAUCAAUCGGGCACUUAAUGAGUCAGGACUCUUACGGUAA